CUACUGUCAAAAUAAAAAGUUGGUUGAUUUUUUUCUUUCGUCACGGGAAAAGUGGUGUGUUUGCGUUGUUUGUGAAGAUUACGAAUAAUCUGCGAAAUAAAAAUAAUAUCGAGCUUCAAGAAACAACAAAAAUUGCGAAAAGAAUGAGCAUCAGCGAUAAAAACGAUGGAAUUUCGCGAGAAGAGUGGCAAUCCCGUCUGGAAACUUUCCCUUUCAAGCAAGACGACAUGAAUAAAUUGAUAAUGAAUUAUUUGGUUACGGAAGGAUUCAAAGAAGCAGCGGAGAAGUUCCAAGCCGAGUCCGGAGUGGAACCUUCGGUAGACCUAAGCUCGCUCGACAACAGAUUGCUGAUACGGGAAGCCGUGCAGAAUGGACGAAUACAGGAGGCCACACAUUUGGUCAACCAGCUGCAUCCGGAAUUGCUGGACAACGAUCGCUAUCUCUACUUUCAUCUUCAGCAGUUGCAUCUCAUUGAACUGAUCCGAGCGGGAAAAAUCGACGAAGCGCUCACCUUCGCCCAAACUCAGAUUUCCGAAGCUGGUGAAAAUAACAAAGAAGUUCGAAACGAGAUAGAGCGAACUAUGGCUUUGCUGGCAUUCCCAGACCCACAGAGCAGUCCUUUUGCGGAUCUCCUCGACCAAACGUACCGGCAGAAGGUGGCCAGUGAACUUAACGCAGCUGUUCUCAAAAUGGAACACCUGGAACAGUCCAGUCCAAGGAUGGUCAACGUUCUCAAACUGAUUCUCUGGGCGCAAGCUAUGCUGGAUAAGAAAAAUGUCAAAUAUCCGGAAAUGAUCGACUUGACAACGGCCACUAUCGAUCCUAAAUAAAUGUGGUAGAAGAAGGAUUUAAUAAAAUAUACUUAUGUCUAACAAUAAUCAACAGUCGUACUUUUCUUUUAUAUUGUAUUCGAUAGGAAAAGUUUUUCUACAUUGUAUAAACAAAACGAUGUAUGUUUAGAUUACCUUUUGUGUUAGACUGCUUAAUACUUUGAGGCUUAGAUUCAUUUCAAUUUGUAUAGUUUAUAAUAUAUCAGUAAAAACUUUACUUUGAUGAAAUAGAGUUAAUAUAUUUAGUAGCCUCCUUCCAUUCUGUAAAAGGUAGCCUCGGACCUCGGGAAUUUUUUCUCCCGAUUCAAAAUCCGCGAGCAAGAUUACAGCGGUGUGAGACUGUCUUAAUCGAAGACAAAUUCAAUUCCACUAAUGAACGAAUAGUACGACUGUUACAUCUUAAGAGAAAUAAUUCACAAUGAAGGAAUGCAAAAUAUAAGGCAGUGUUUCUGGUUUCA